AUGGCUAAAUCGCCUCUCACCGCAGCACCGCCUAUAGCGGUGGUUCCUGACGUUCCCAAGUCGGACUACAGCAGUGACAAUGCCAGUGAAGCUGAGCACCAAACAACGGGUGCUACCUUCAGCGGUGCCGGUCUCAAAGCACGAUUUUACAAGCCAAUGGAUCAAUAUGAGGGAAGACACCGCUAUGAUCCUGAUUUCGUGUGGGAGCCGGUGGAGGAGCGGAAAGUUGUCAGGAAGAUCGACAAAAGGAUUUGUACCUGGGUUUGCUUGAUGUUCUUUGCAUUGCAGCUGGACCGAGGCAACAUCAGUCAAGCCUUGUCAGACAAUUUUCUGAAGGAUCUCAAUAUGAACACAAACGACUACAACUACGGACAAACCAUCUUUCUCGGUUCAUUUUUGGCGGCAGAGCUUCCUUCGCAACUGAUUAGCAAAAAGCUUGGUCCGGACAAUUGGAUCCCAAUCCAGAUGGUGUCUUGGAGUCUGGUCGCCAGUAUGCAAGCUUUCUUAAGUGGGCGAAAGUCUUUCUUCGCGUGCCGCGCCCUAUUAGGUCUCAUUGAAGGAGGCUUCAUCCCCGAUAACAUCCUAUAUCUCUCGUACUUUUAUACUGGCCUCGAACUACCAGCGCGUCUAUCGUGGUUUUGGGUGUCGUAUCAAUCCACACAAAUAAUCUCCGCCUUCUUUGCGUUCGGAAUCCUCAGACUUCGUGGACACAAUGGAAUGGCUGGUUGGCGAUGGCUCUUCGCACUCGAAGGAAUGUUGACAGGUCUCAUCGGCAUCAUCUCCUACUUCUACCUCCCGCCCUCCCCGACUCAGACAGCCAGCAAAUUCCGUGGUAAGGAUGGAUGGUUCACUGAAAGGGAAGAGAAAAUCAUGGUGAACCGUAUUCUUCGCGACGACCCAUCGAAGGGCGAUAUGCACAACCGUCAGGCUUUGUCACCGAAGAUGUUCUGGGAAUGCCUCAAGGACUACCAUAUGUGGCCGGUUUUCAUCCUCGGUCUAACGUGGUUGAUCCCCACGCAGCCUAUGACCUCGUAUUUGACGCUCAACCUAAAGUCCCUUGGUUUUGGUACCUUUGAAACCAAUCUACUCACCAUUCCCGCCUACGUCCUCUUCAUCUUCCAACUCCUCUUCUGGACCUGGCUCUCCGAGAGAAUAAACCAACGCUUCCUCAUCGGUCUCUGCUCCCAAUUCUGGGUCUUCCCCCUACUUGUCGCCCUCGAAUGCCUCAGCAAAAGCGCCUCACCCUGGGUCCGGUGGGCUCUUUCCACCAUGAUAGUCGGACAUCCCUACGUCCACGCCAUCAUCGUCGCCAUCACGUCGCGUAACGCCGGCACGGUCCGAACUCGCACUGUCGCGUCCGCUAUGUAUAACAUGUGUGUGCAGGCGUCUAGCAUGAUCAGCCAGAACAUCUACCGCGAGCACGAUAAGCCGCUGUAUAGGAGAGGUAACAAAGUGCUUAUUGGCAUUACGGUGUUGAACUUCUUUUUGUUUGUGGGUGCGAAGUUUUACUAUGUGUACGUUAACAAGAGGAGGGAUAAGAUUUGGGAUGCGAUGAGUAAGGAGGAGAAGGAGGCUUAUUUGGAGACUACGACUGAUAAAGGUAACAAAAGGCUUGACUUCCGCUUCGCUCACUGA